AUGUCGUUCAUUUGCAUGAGAUGUCGAUCUUUGAUGUUCCAACGGUCAUCGAUCUUACAAAAUGUCGGGGCCAUUUACCGUCUGACCAUGAUUGACCAUAAAGGCGACGUCUUACACGCCAACCAGGCUGAGAAUACUGAACUAUUCAGGGCUCGUCGUGGUGGUAGUCCCGGAAACUUUGGUGUCAUUACUCACUUCACUAUCUCGGCAUUCAAGUCCAAGAGCUACAUGGGGAUCGAAAACACAAUCAAAAAUUCCAAAGGUACUGAAAUAAUUCAUAGACAACAUGCAGUCAAGACUCUCAAAAAUGAUGAAGAGUGGAGAGAACUUCAAAAGGCAAUCUCCAAUCUACCUCAGCCCGUUCAAGAUCUGUUAGAUGGUAAAUUGCCGCAUUCUAUCGUCCUUUACUCACAAUGGUGUCCCAUUGGCGAUCAACAGAAAUAUGAUGAAAGAGUCGAUGCGUGGUUCAAUCGAUGGAAUCUUCGCAGGCAUGGCUGA